UGUAGCCAGGUGAGCCAGACAGAAGUUGACCACGGUAAGAGGUACAUUUUUCUUCUCUCUCGGCGCUGCCCAGUGGCAUCCGGCGGCAGCGUGGACCCCCUGCAAGAUUCCUCUCGACAACCCCCGUGUAUGAGAUAGAUAUAUUCGUAGUCGUCGUCAUCGUCGUCGUGUGAAACUUCAUAAUGCUGCACCAGCAUCAGAUAUCUCCCUGCUCCGAGCAGAGCUACGGAUACUCGCAGUACGGAGACCCGGACGCCGGCGGCGGUUACUACAAGGAUGUUUACACGGUAACGCCGACGGCAAGUCCCGUAGGCACGGGAGAGCACACGCCGAUGCCGGAACCUUCUCCAGGUUACUUCUACCCGUAUCAGGAGGUAAAACCCGAACCGGGACAACUCGUGUAUAAACAGUACGGCGAUUCCGGACAGUCGGUUUACAACGGGCCGUCGCAGUAUACCCCUUCCGAACAGGAGAGUCCGUACGGACCGAGUGUUGGGGUCGUAGCAGGAGGAGGAGGCGGCGGUGGCAUCGGAGGGGGAGGAGAAGGAGGAGGAGGGUUCUCUCUUCCCGGUCAGAGCAGCGGUCGCAUGACGCAUGCGAUGCAAACGCAGCCGGGGAAGGUUUGCGUCCAGCUGGUCAAUCGCGAGCUUUGGUUGAAGUUCCACGAACACACGACUGAGAUGAUCAUCACGAAACAAGGACGGAGAAUGUUUCCGACACUGGCGUUCAACGUCACUGGCUUAGAUCCGCAUUGUCAGUACAACGUGUUCGUUGAUAUGGUUUUGGCCGAUCCGAACCAUUGGAAGUUCCAGACGGGCAAGUGGGUGCCGUGCGGGCAGGCCGAGCAACUUCAUCAGAAUGGAAGAGUUUACCUGCAUCCGGACUCGCCGAACAGCGGCACGCAUUGGAUGCGACAGGACAUUGUAUUCAGCAAACUGAAACUCACCAAUAAUAAGGCGUGCAACCAACAAGGACACAUCGUCUUGAAUUCUAUGCAUCGCUACCAGCCUCGCAUUCAUAUAAUUGAAGUGGGCAUGCGCAGUCCACGCGAGCACCGAAAGUUACUGACGCACAGCUUCCCGGAAACGCAGUUCAUCGGAGUAACUGCGUACCAAAACACUGACAUUACGCAGUUGAAGAUAGACUACAACCCUUUUGCAAAGGGAUUCAGGGACAAUUACGAAAGUUUUGGUCUUUCUAGGUCAACUGACCGCUUCACUCCUUCGCCGCCAAUGAGCAUGGUCAGCUACAGCCAGCCUCCGAAGUUAAGCCCACACGUUCAGAAUGUUUAUAGCUUGAACCAGAACGCCGCCACUCUAUACCAGAACCCAAACAUUACGACAGCCUCCGCCCAUCGAAGUCCCAACACGGUAGCGCCACCUAUACACCGAAACAGCAACUAUACGCAGUCGAGUGUGUUCAGUAUGAGACCAUCGUACGUCAACAGCGACGAACCGCCUUCGUGUCAGCGUCAGUACAACAACAGCAACAGCAGCAGCAGCAGCAGCAACCCGUUGCGGCAUAACCAAAGCGCGCAUACGCAAAUGGCAGCGGCGCAGGGCUACACUACGUCGCCCUACGCUAGUCCAACUCUACCGAGAGGCUCGCCUGAUGAGAUUCAUGCGUCUGCGUGCAGCUUCGGCGACGGAAAACAGUUAAGUUUGACGGCGGGCGGCAGCGAGACCGAGAUUCGACCUUGGUCGUGGCUCGCCACGGCAUCGCGGCCAAUAUCCAGCUCUCAUAACAUGUACAACCAUGCCAGAAGUAGGCAAGCAUCAGACGAUGCGGUGCAUGGCGCCCCCAAGCGGUUGAAAACGGAACAAACAUUAGAGUACGUGCCCAGCGGCUACCAGCAGGCAGGCAACAGCUGCAACUACAGCGGAAAUUAUCUCGUCGAGAGCACACCGCUUUAUUCCUAACUCUGCGCGGCGAGUUGAUUUAAAUUAAUCCUAGAAGAAGUCAUUCGGGCACGUUUUUUAUAUUUAUGGUUAUUGUUAUAAUUUUAGAAUAUGGCUGUGAAUGAUUUUUUUUCGGUUUAAAUAUAGCUAGUGGAUACUAUACACAGCAAGCGGGGUAUCUCAGGUGAACAAAAUACGACUUUAAUCGUUACUCGUUUGUAUAUAAAUCUAUAUGUAUGUGAGUGUGUUUUUUGCGACUUUAGCGGUCAACGUGUUCUUUUAGAUGUAUGCGUUGUUAUUAUGCUUUUAUUGCGAUUCAUACUCCUUGCAUUAUAGCCGUAUUGUUUGUUUUAUGUCUUUGUUUCUAAGGAGGUAAGUCGUUAUAUACAAUAGUAGAACUCAAAACUAGUUAUCGUCGAUUAUUAUUAUUAUUUAAAGUAUCAUCUUUAUUUUGUACAUAUAUGUUAUUAAUUAAACAAGUUGGUUGACCUAGGAUAGCACGAAUGCUGCCGUCCAUUGAAAAAAAUAAUGUACAUACCAAUAAUGAACCCCCUUAAAAAUGUACAUAUUAAUAAUCACUCGACAUUUGUACAUACCUACUGUGAGCGCCUGUUUUGAGUAAAAUAUACAGUUCGGGUAGAAUGUCAUGUGA